CAGAGAAAAAUCUGUGUAUUGUUCUACACUGACUGGUACGCGUUCAUUGUCCGUGAAAAAGCCUGCAUCGUAAAAAUGGAUGUCGAGUAGCUUCCAACAUCUCUGAGUCAAACGGGACUGCUCUCGGAUAUCGGACACAAGAAAGUGAUGCGUCUUUUUGCUUACAGCAAACAAAUUACAUAAGUCCAACUGGUCCAACCAAGAUCCCAUGUGACACCUUUUCCUCUCACAAAACAUUUCAGAAAACCAAUAUUCCAAACCCAUAA